GUACGCUCGUAUUCGCAACAUCCUUUAUACGGGUUGGCGCGGUCAUUAAAACUUCGUUGCUUUUUAAAUGUCGGGAUUUCCGCGUCGUAAUGUUUAGUAUUGAUUCAAUCGUUUAAUGUGAUGGACUCUGACUCCCCAACAUUGGGAAGGCUGUGGGAACUAGAUGGUAGUGUGCGCGGUGUUUUGCAUUCCAGCGGAAGUGAUAAGUUAUCAACCGGCCGGUUGGUCAUACUUUGCCAUUAUCUGGCUCAAGCUCGAACAAUAACGUUUUAAUAUAGGGACAGAGGGAAAAUAGUUCUAGUCGUGGUCUAAUAGUGCUAUGUGCAGUCCCAGUAGCUAAGAGCAGGUCAUAAGUAAAAAUGGCAUCCGUAGCGGUUGAUGGACGAACAUUCAAAGUGAUGUUAGGAGUUGUAUUGGUGUUUCAAUUGUUGGCAUUAUGUGACUGUUUGAAACUGGGUGAUGAAGGUGUCUGCAAUUUAGAUAUACCUGUACCGAAGACACAACACAAGCGGUUACCCAUCAGAGUCAAAUGUCCGAAGGGAACAAAAGAAUGUACGAAGAAGGAAAGGGAGUAUUUCUCACAUUUCAACCCGAAAACAGAGAGAUGCUGUAUGAAGAAAUAUACGGAACGUCAGAAAAGAGUAAGUUGUUGUCCUGGCUGGGAAUACAUAAAAGACGAAGACAUUUGCAAGGCUCAGUGCAGGUUUGGCUGUGAGAACGGUCGAUGCGCCGCUCCGGACGUCUGCGAGUGUGAACCGCCACUUUACCUGAUAGGCAACAAGUGUAUACCGCCUGUGUGUGACCCAAUCUGCGUGCACGGCAGAUGUAUCGCCAAUGACACCUGCGAAUGUGACACUGGCUUCAAGACCCACAACUCCACCCACUGUGCUCCAGAGUGUGAGACAGGCUACACCAACGAUCCUGAAACCUUAAUGUGUAUUCCAAAAUGUGACACCCCUUGCUUGAAUGGCAAUUGUACCGGUCCAAAUACUUGUACGUGUUUGGAGGGAUAUAAAUCACAAAAUGAGUAUAUUUGCGUACCGGAUUGUACGCCGUCAUGUGUCAACGCUGUUUGCGUGGGACCUAACACUUGCUCCUGCUUGGAGGGCUAUAGAUUCAACACUAGCAAUAUAUGUAAUCCAGUUUGUGAUGCAUGUGUUAACGGCGAAUGUGUCGCACCUAACACGUGUGACUGCCAUGAAGGUUAUAUGAAGAAAGACGGCGCUUGUGCUCCUGUUUGUGACCCACCCUGCAAAUAUGGGGACUGCUCUGCGCCAAAUGUUUGCCGAUGUCAUCUCGGAUAUGAAAACGAUCAUAAAAAUAAAUUUGAUUGCGUUCCAAUAUGUGAACCUAGAUGCGUCAAUGCUUUCUGCGCUUCCCCUAAUACAUGUGUUUGCUCUUCCGGCUACCAGCGUACAGGUAAUGACUCCAUAUGUGAACCUAUAUGUGACAAAUGUAACCAUGGAGAUUGUGUAGAGCCAAAUGUAUGCCAAUGUCACGAAGGUUAUUCGGAAAGAAAUGGUACAUGCACACCAGAUUGUGAAAAAACGUGUAAUAAUGGAUUUUGUUCAAAACCGAACACUUGCAGUUGUAAUGAAGGAUACGAGAUUGACGAAGAAGAUAGAUUCACUUGCACACCGGUAUGUGAUCAGAGCUGUAUUAAUGGGACAUGCAGUGCACCGAAUAGAUGUUCAUGUAAUGACGGCUAUGAACCGACAGAUAUUGAAAACAUUUGCAAACCGAAUUGCAAAUCUUGCAGAAAUGGAGAAUGUGUUGCGCCCGACGUUUGCAAAUGCCACGAAGGUUACAAUUUGACCGAAGGCAAAUGUGUCCCUGUUUGUUAUGAGCCUUGUCAGAACGGGUACUGUUCUUCGCCAAAUAUUUGCACUUGCGAUGAAGGAUAUAAGAAGAAUACAUCACGGUCGUCCACAUGCUUCAAGCCGUGUAAAGAUGCUUGCGAGCACGGUGUAUGUUCACUGCAUGGGAUCUGUCAGUGUGAUCGAGGGUACCAGAUGAUGAAUCACACGUGUUCACAGAUUCCAGCUGUAGACUGCAGUAGCUGUAAAUACAACUGCAGUUCUGGAGACUGCUGGUGUGAGGAUGACACACCUUGUGUUGAUCAGCCAGCGGUGGAAGCUGAAAUGGCCGGUACCACAGGGCUGGCUGGGUUACAACUGACGUGGACUCUGGCCGCAGCCAUCGGAGUGCUGAUGCUAACGUUGGUGAUGUACAUGAUGCACCGCAUCUAUCGGCAGCGCAAGGAAUGUGGCAGCGAAGAUCCGAACGAAGGUAACCGUUACGGGAGUGUUGUGUACACCGUACCAGAUACACUAAUUCAGCGUAACGACUUCAACGACUGCCAAGACGACCAGGAUGAUGAAGAAACGAAAAAAACCGACCGACUGCUCACAUCCGAACAAAUUAUCGAAAAUGAAAAGCUUUACAGACCCGAUAAUCCAGGACUGACUGUUAAAUUAGGAGAGCCAGCCCCACCUAAAAUGGGAAUGAGCAAAAAACAAGAAGAUCGAUGUCACUACCAAGAAUGGGAGCAUCUUUCUUUAACAUUCAAUGAUUUAUGUUCAUGCUUGAUGUUAUUGAAAUAUGAAGCUAAUUUGACUUCCACAACGACAUCAUCAAAAGUAGCUUACAAAAGAGAAGUAAAAUCUGAAACAUUAAACAUAACUGAUGGGGAAUUAAACGCUACUGCAUCAUUCAACGUGACAGUAACGGAAUCAAGUUUAUCAGUAACGUCUGCACCAACCGAGUUGGAAGAAGAAGCAACUGAGUUGGUACUCACACGAACCGUGCUUGCAGGAGAGAAAACGAAAACUACACUUGAACCUGAGGAAACAAAGAAAACAGCCACCGCAGAUACUAUCAUGGGUUUCAUCACUGUAAAGGGACGAUUUGCUACAACGUCAUUAAAAUUGCCGUAUACGGACUUAGAAAAAAAUGCAACGGUAUUAUCAGAGUCUGAAAACUAUGAAGACAAAACAACAACAGUGCCCAUUGUUCUACCUUCUAAGCAUAAAGAAAUAUUUAACUCAACCGAAUUACUAACACCAAUAAAAUUUGAAAAUGAAACAAGUUCGACCAUAUUAGCAACUUUAGCUAAGCUUGUGAAUGUAACGACGAAGUCCGUUGUGUACGUAGACACAACAACAUAUACAAGUGCACCUAUAGUCGAAAAAGAUAGAUCAUUAGCACCAAAAGAAACUGAUUAUAGGGUAAAAACAAAUUCAACUGAAUAUGUGACAAUGGUACCAAUUUAUACAGGGAUUGAAUUCAGUGAUGGCGAAGUACGACAUUAUGGUGACAUUGAUGAGAAAAAAAGAAGUUCUGAGGAAGAUUUUUCAGAUGUUCCGGAAGACAUGUAUGCUAAGUGUCGUAAUUUAAUGGAAAUUGGAAAUUAUUCAGAUUUAUCGUUAAUAUUAGUCUGUUUAGAAAAAAUUAAGACAAAUUCAACAACUACUAUGGACUGGUCUGGAGAAGAGAAUCCAGUAAUGUAUGACAUUCCUGAAAUAGAUGACAGUGGAAAUUUUACAAUGUUUUUAGCCACUACAUUUAAAGACAACGAUGAAUCAAAAGAAUUUAUGCCAACAACAAAACCAAAUAUUGAUGAUCGUGAUGAGGUAGCAAGAAUCAUAUCUACCCUACAAUAUACCCUGCCAGGCAAUAUUUAUAAUAAUUAUUUAGUAUUCAUUUAUCGUCUUGUUUGUGCGUCCGAUACACUGAGUGAAAUUGUGUUAUUGCGAAUGGUUGAAAUUAUGGAUUCCAAGUACAUCUAUGUUUGUUUGUCCUUAUUUUUCGUGUUUAUUUCAAAUAUAGAUUGUCAAGUUUGUACCAGAAGAGCGGUGGUUACAUUGACCACUCGCACACCCUACAUGUACACAUACAGAGAACAAUACCAAACACGGUGCUGGUAUGGCGGAACUUGCUCCAAGACCAGGAUUCGUUCUAACGUUGGCUAUAGGACUGGUUUGAAACGAGAAGAAAAAGUUGUUAGCUAUUGUUGUGAUGGAUAUAUUCAAGACGAUACAAGUACAGAUGACAAUAUUGUCUGCAGCCCAAUUUGUUGGCCAUCGUGUAGUAAUGGUUACUGCAAGAGCCCUGGAGUAUGUGAGUGUAAUGUUGGAUAUUUGCCUGAUGAUGUUAAUCCUCGGAAUUGCUUGCCUCACUGCGAGCUUGGCUGCGGCAAUGGAAUUUGUGUUGCACCAAACACUUGCGAGUGUAAUUUUGGAUACUCUUUGAAUAGCACUUGUCAACCAAUUUGCACAGAACCAUGUGAAAAUGGGAAAUGCACCGCGCCUGAUACAUGUGAAUGUCUUGACGGGUACAGAAAAAGUGAUAAAAACAACUGCGAGCCCUAUUGUACACAAGGCUGUGAACAUGGAACCUGUAUACAACCAGAAACAUGUAAUUGCGAUGAGGGAUAUUUUAUGGAAGACGAUCAGUGUGUUAUGCAUUGUAAUGUUGACUGCGGCAACGGAACUUGUAUUGGUCCUGAUAAAUGUGAGUGCGAUCCAGGAUACACCUUUGAAAAUAGCACAUGCCAACCAAUUUGCCCGGAACCUUGCGCAAACGGUUAUUGUGGAGCACCAUUCACUUGUAUUUGUGAUCCGGGAUAUACUCAACGAUGGGGAGGUUGUCAUCCAUAUUGUAGUAAAGAAUGUGGCAAUGGAAUAUGCGUAGCACCAGAAACUUGUGAAUGUGAAUCUGGAUUUAAAUUUAAUAAUUCGAGCGAAUCUAAGCGCUGUGAACCAUAUUGCUCGAAACCCUGCGUGCACGGCUCCUGUAUAGAACCAGAUCUUUGCGAUUGCGAUGAUGGAUACAACAUGGACUUUAUUUCCGAGACUUGUGUACCUGAAUGUAUAUACUUUUGCGGUAACGGCUCAUGCGUUGGACCGAAUGUUUGUGAAUGUCAUCCAGGCUAUGAAGAGAAAGAAGCAAGGGAAAUGUAUGAUGAAACUGUAUGUGAACCGAUUUGUAUUAACUGUGAUGGUAAUUGUAUUAAACCACACACUUGUCUAUGUGAUUUAGAAUUUGAAACGAAGAAUGAAGCUGCUGAUGGUAGAGACUGCGAGUGCUUUGAAAACUGUUCAGACAUUACGAGGCAAUGCGUGCGAACAAUAUGUGUACCUAAAAGUAUACGUACAAUUGAAACAUCAACUGCAGCUUCAAGUAACAUACCGAAUAAUGACCAGGAUUCAAAUCUGGAUUACGGUUUGAUGGACGAAUCAUUUGAGGCUGAAACUGUUAGUACAUACGUUGCAGAUAGUUGGAAUCCAAAAGUUGAAGGAGGUCAUACAUCAUCGUCGUAUGUAACUGAGAGAGAGGAUAUUAAAUCAAACAAAAUAGAUAUUUAUUCUGCUAAACAACAGAAAGAAAUAGAAAAAUCUAGAUCUUUGACGUGGAUUUAUGUUGCGGUUGCACUGAUUAUAAUUCUUAUUUUAACUGUGGCCAUUAUACUUAUCAUUAAGAGGAAUACCGUAUCCAAUUUUUUUAGAGGAGGCAGCUAUGUCGUUGAUGAUAAAGAAGAAGACGCGUUACCGUCGAGGUCUAUUGAUAUGAGAUUCUCAACUGUGAGAAAUAAUCAAGAGGAUACUUAACUUACCACUUUAAUUUGUAUACUUCUCGAGAAUUAAACUAUUUAUUAUUAA